AUGGUCAACAGCGGCUACACGCUCCAGACCCUGCGGCUCGACCCCACGAUCGGACUGAGCCCGGUGAUGGCGAGCGACGGGAGCGGGUUGACGAUCGGGUACCACGUGACGGCGACGGUGCUGGGCGACACGUUCACGCGGGCCAACGUGCUCGUGCAGCUGUGGCACGGCGGCGUGGGUGUCACGGGCCGGCUCAUCGGCACGGUACUGGUGCCGCGCGUGAACGGCUCGACGACCGAGACCAAGAGGUCCGAGGUGUCGAUCUUCUGGGAGACGCGCAACCCGGCGCUGUUCGGCAAGCAGGAGCUGCACGCCGUCAUCCUGCACUCGGGCUUCUCGACCGAGGCCGCCAACGUGAUCUCGCACGUGUCGCACACGGUGAGCGUGGCGUGCUACGGGCGCGUGGACCAGUGCGGGGUGUGCGGCGGCAACAACGGGACGUGUGCCGGGUGCGACGGGGUGGCGCUGUCGGGCAAGGCGGUGGACGCGUGCGGGGUGUGCGGCGGCAACGGAUCGACGUGCUGCAUUCCCAAGCCGACACAGGCCCAGUGGCACUACGUGCGCAUCGAUAACACCAACAACGGCAAUAACGGAUCUAGCAUCGCUCCCAGCGACUCGUCGUCGUGGUCAUCGAUGGUGACGCGGGCGCGCGUGGGCGACCUGGUGGUGUGGGAGAACCUGCUCAACUGUGAGGUGAAGAUCGUGAGCGGGGCCUACGACUACAAGAAUGCGCCGGCGCUCGAGCUGUCGCGGUUCAAUCAACAUGGCCACGCUGCCGAGCCGAGCGACCUGCUCGACGAUGAAGCCGUCGAAGCUUUCCUUAAGGAAUACGCAUCUAUGAUGCAAAUCAAAGAUUUUGUGGAGCGGCCCACGUCUUCCGCGGCUGUUGCACCGCCCGCAACCGACUCCACGUCUGCCUACCUCCGUCGGCGAUCCACCGCCGGCGACCAUCAGUCGCAGCAGAACCAGCAGAUCACGGACCUGUUCCCCGGCUGGCGCAGCCAACAGGCUCAGGACUUGGGCGUUGGUGAGGAAUUCGUGAUGGGCGGCGUGUGCUGCGCCCAGGAGGUGGAGGCCGAUUACGACUCGACAACGAUAAUGGCGGAAGACGAUGACGGCGAGCCGGCCGAUCGCCUGCAUGAAGCCGGAGUCAGGCGUUCUCUGCGAGUGUCGGUGGUCGCCGCGCUUGUCGAAGCGCAGCUGCGGCUUGAUCGCCUGACGACGCUCGCCAACUCCACCGGCGUUUUCCUACACCCAGUGGAAGAGGUCAUGUCGCAAAGGACCGCCAAGGCAAGGUUUGAGAAGAAGGAGAUCUCGCCCGCUGUCCGCUGCCUCUGUCGUCGGUCGUCGUCGGACUGUUCCGACCUGACCUGCGUCAACCGCCCGUCCCCGGACGCCGGGUUCCUCUUACCAGGGCUCUACCGCUUCGCUCCGAUCAUGGCCCAGCUCGACGGCCCGUCGGCGGUGCUGGCGCCGGGCGCGGCGAGCAUGCCGCACAGGUUCUUCAGCCCGGGCCUGUACGUGUGGCACGACUCCAACAACCCGGCGGUCCACGGCGUGGUGCUGGUCACGCCGCCGGACCUUGUCGUAGACGAGUGUGGCGUGUGCGGCGGCGACGGCACCUCGUGCCGCGACUGCCAGGGCACCCUGUUCGGCCCGGCUCAGGUGGACGUGUGCGGUGUGUGCGCCGAUCGGACAGCGCCAGGCUACGCGCCCAACCCGGCCAUCGACUGCGCCGGCGUGUGCAACGGCUCGGCCAUGAUCGACGAGUGCGACAUGUGCUCGGGCGGCACCACCGGCCGGGUGUCCAACGCACAGAUGGACUGCAGCGGUACCUGCCACGGCACCAGCGUGUUCGACUGCGCGGGAACGUGCAACGGCAACGCUGUGCGCGACUGUGCGGGAAUCUGCAACGGGGACACUCGGAUCGACUGCUUCGGCGUUUGCGGUGGCCCGGCCCGAAUGGUUAUCUUCCAAGGUCAGCCUCCUACUUGCAUGAGACCAUACGGCCAACGUGACCAGGCCACGACGGGGGAGCAGGAGCAGGAGCAGGAGACGGAGGAGGAGGAGGAGGAGGAUGAGAAGAAGGCAGUGAGUUGCGUGGAAGACGGGGCAGUUGCGGACUGCAAGGGCGUGUGCAACGGCCCGGCGCGCCUCAACCCGUGCGGCUUGUGCGUGGCGCCGGCCGACUACGACCGGGGCGAGGGCUACUGGGUGGACUGCGCCGGCACGUGCCGCGGCACGGCCCACAUCGGCGACUGCGGCGUUUGCGUCGGCGGCCGCUCUGGUCUUUCGCCCAACGCGCACAAGGACUGCCAAGGGACGUGCUUCGGCAACGCGACGCGCGACCAGUGCGGCGUGUGCUUCGUGGAGGGCGACGGCCAUGUGGCCAAUUCGGGCAAGGACUGCACGGGCAUGUGCGGCGGCAAGGCCGUGGUGGACGAGUGCGGCCAGUGCGUGCUGGGCACCACCGGGCGCGAGUUCAACACCGCCAAGGACUGCGCCGGCCAGUGCUUCGGCGGGCGCCUCCCCACCGACCCGGCGUGCGUGUGUGAGCGCGAGAAGCUGGACAAGUGCUUCGUGUGCGGCGGCGACAACUCCCAGUGCGCCGGCUGCGACGGCGUGCCCAACUCGGGCGCGGUGCACGACCUGUGCGGCGUGUGCGGCGGCGACAACACGACGUGCUGCUUCCUGCCCUUCGCCCAGGCCACCGUCCUCAUCCGCGACUUCGGCACCGUGCUCCUGCCCGUCGGCGCGCUCGACGCCGGCGAGACCCUGCUCGUCACCAACCUGCACGACAACAACGGCUACACGUUCCGGCUUGUCAGGCCAGUGGACAGCGCGUCGUCGUCAAGAAAGCUCAAGAUCGUUGCCCAGUACCCCAGGUUGUUGCCGGGUAACAGCCUCAGGGUGGUCGUCACCGAGCCGGGCGAGUACGUGCUCCAAUCGGCCGAAAGCUCGGCCGUGUCGGUCCGGUUCAGCGUGCGCUUCAACCGCAAGAUCAGGGACAGCUGCGAUCGCUGCGUAUACGCCGACGCCGACGCCGACGCCGACGCCGACGUCAACAACGACAACAACCGCGCGGCGUACGACCACUGCUGCGAGGUCAUGGAGGCCAAGGACGACGUGCACACGUGGUUCGAGACCACCCACUUCCACGCCGCGGCCGACCCGGCGGUGGUCACCCGCGUGGCGCCGCGCACCGGCGCCUACCGGAGUGCGCCAACUAGGCACCUGCUGCGCCUGCUGGAGCCACAGGUGGUGGAGUGGCGCGCCGAGGGACAGCGGCUGGCGGUGGGCGACGUGGUGGUGAUCGAGAACCGCGACCUGCUCGACCACGUGAUCUCCAUCACCGGGCCGCAGCCCAUGCCCGACGUGGUGCUUGACCGCGGCACGGUGGCCGUCUCUGGGCCGGUGCUCACGCCGGGCACCUACCGCGUGGUGUCCCAGAACAACCUCAUCAACACCACCUUUACGGUCGAGUUCGCCUUCGCCUGCACGGUCCACGCCCAUGAGGAGCUGCAGCCAGCAGGGCGGCACAACGCGGUGGUAAUGGGCCUCCUGGCGGGCAGCUUCACGCUCGUGGCGCUGUUGGCUGCAGUCAUGCUUUAUGUGAGGGUCUGGAGGAGGAAGGAAGCCACCACAGGGUUGUAA